AUGUCUAUCAUCCUAAAAGAGAAAUUGUCUCAGGUACCCUGCGUACUAUCACCCUAUAGCCUCCCCAAGUCAGGCAUGCGUUUAGAUGCAUUCGAUGAGUACCAAAAUUAUCAAGACAGUGCCAGACGAGUGAAGCCGGUGUGUCUUACGUGGACUGAGGAAGGUUAUGCUGUAUUUGGGUGCAAAAGUGGCCAUAUAUUCAUGGUCGAUCUGUACACAAUGUCAAUCGGUGUAGUUUAUAAUCCUGGCUUGCAUGUAGAACAAACCGCACUUUCAAACUAUCCCGUCGACUUCAUAAGACUUCAGGCGGGAGAUGUAAAUGAUCUGGCUUAUAUUAAAUACGGCAUUAUAUGUGGUGGCGUGGAUGGUCGCGUAAGACUCCUGGAUUGGAGAGACGUCAAACUUGAAGAUUUGCCGUUUGGGAUGGUGGCGCCGAGUUCCCAUUCCGCGAGAAACAUCUCGUCAAACUUCAUUAGUACUGUCCGGCGAAUCGCAUCAUCAAAAAUGAGUUUUAUGGAUGAUGACCUGAACGAAGCCCUUGAAACACAAUACAGGGGCAUAGUGCAUAUGUCGACAUGCAACGUAAUCGGGCAGUUAGCCCUUUGGUUCGCAAGGAACGGACAUCAGGCCAGUUGCUUGGAGUUCCCCAGCCCCGCCACCAGCUUGCGGGCCAUCCCUGGACUGCCUGCUGUUGUGGUUGGAUUAGAAUCAGGCGUUCUUGUCUUCGUCUGCUGGUCUGACUGGAGAACUCCACGAAUCGUUCAGGCAAUUCAGCUUUUUACCACAGCUAUCAAAAAGAUAUGCAUGGACACUAGUGGUGAACUGAUGGCUGUAGUUGGGUCGGAGUCAUAUAUUUACCUCGUUUCCUGUGAUCCACAGAAGGCGUUUCCAGGUCUGGGAUACAUACCCUGUGAAGAGGAACCGGAUAGCAUUGCACUUACUAAAUCACAAAGCAAUAAAUUCUAUGGCAUCAUUAUUGGGAAAAGGGGAGCAGCCAAUUUUACGGAAGCGAAGUUCUUUAUAAUUACCGAUGAAAUACUGGAAGAUCCCAGGCCCCAUAUGUACCCUCAAAGUUACCAACUUCGAGAUGAUUCUCUCUCCAUGAUGUCCUUUAAGAUCUUGCUCAACAUCUAUGAGGCUUACUUAACUGUAACUGAACCAGAAACAUUGAACUCACUCGCUUCGGAUGAUGCCAGUAUUGGGAGUUCGGAAAGACACGAAUCGGACGGUGAAGAGGUGAACUCCGAUGAGAGAAAGCCCAUACCCAAAAUCAUUCUAUUCUCACUGACGAAGAACGCUAACGACAACAGUCUUUUGGUAGCGAUAGAUCUUAGCAAGGAGGUCGCUGAUCAGGCAUCCGCCUACAGACAAUACACCAGGUCAGCACAAUCAGUGAAACGCUCCUAUUCUACCAUACGAGAAUCCACAUCCCAGCUGCAGCCCCUCCUGCAGGCCCGUUCCAACGCCAGGCGAUCCAUUCUCGGGUCUGUGUCGUUUGAAGCACUGAGUUACCGUGCUCCCAGGUCUAGCAUCAACCUCCUACAUUUAACCCGACUACGUAGGCAGGAUAAAAAGGAUAAGAGGCCUAAAAAAGAGGUGAAACCGGCUAUUACUGGAGUAGACAAUUUUCGAAUUCUGGAUGUAAUCUUCCCAUCAACAGCUAAGUUCUGUCCUACUCAUGUGCUCGGUUUUAUUCUUGUCACCACCAAAGCAGGUUUGGUACAUUUGGUCGAAGUUCGUGAUUCGUCCGCUACCGUAUUGAAUUUUUCUGCUGUGGUGGAGUACUCAAAUCACGAAGUAAAGGCAGCGAUAACGAGGGAUUUUGACUUUCUCGCUGCUGUUAGACGGGAAGGUACUUUCUACGCUGCCGACUGGAGAGGGAAGAUUACUCUUGAGGAUCCCAGUGUCCUUCGGGCCGCUGAAAUGGCCGCCAUGUCAAGGAGGAACGCGCUGAUGUCCCUCGACACUCGGCAGUUAAAUAACCUGAAUGUCACGCCUCCCAGUGGCCGCGUGACAGAAGAGGACGAUGGUGCUAUCUAUGUCUAUAUUGUGGAUAAACUAGGCCAGCCCUUGACCUGGCUAGAGCAACAGUUCCAAAACCAACGCGAAAAUGACGUGCGGGCCCUAAGUUCAACCAAGAACAGAAUAACUGAUGAGUUCAUCCAGCUUAGCAAAGAGCUGGCGCAAAUGGCCGACCUCAAUAACAAACUGACGGAACUGGAAAAGGUGGGAAUCAAUGAAUUUGAGCUGGACUCCGGGGAACGAAGUGCUAUAUUGGAAGAGACAAAUAAUAUAUUAGAGGAGAAACGCAAAGAAGUGGAACGCCAGGACCUCAUCAAGGAGUUCACUCAUCACUUAAUCCGUUCUCAGUGUUGGGAUAACCACGAAGUCAAAGGUUGCAGUCUGUUAGCUUACGACUUACCGAUCGAGGUCCCCAAUUACCCACUGUACCCUAGAACGGAAGAGGAGAAUCGGCUCUUGACUCAAGCUAAAAUCCGACGGCGUGUUGAGAUUUGCAUCAGUGCGUGCUACAACAGAGAAUACGAAAAGGUCGCAAACAAAACCUUAUCCAGUGAGAGUGAAAAGGGCAGCUCAGAAGACAUAGAGGAUGAAGAGGAAGAAUCCGAAGAUGCUCAGGUCCUUGGUGGUGUUGCUAGCAAAUUUGGCAUAUCGACCAAACUCCUCUAUUGCCAACUUGAGCUCUUUACAAAUGAUCAGAAACUGACACAAGCUGUUCUUAUUCAGGAUUUAAUGCGCAAAAUGAAGAUUAAAUUCAACGAAAAAUUCAAUGAGUGCCUGGAGAUCAAAAGUGAAAACAUUCGAAAUAUCGAGAAGCGUGUCGCUCGUAUCAACCAGAUCAUCCCGGAGCUCAACAACGAGGCGCCUCUGCUCUCCCUCGCUCCCUUCAAACUGCAGUCCGUGGAAGACCCAGAAUCCCUGCUCAAAUGCACAGACGAGGAGAUUGACGUGGAGAAGUACCUCUCGCCUGAGGAGAUAGCGGCAAUGGAGGCCGCUGCCCGAGCUGAGGCGGAGAGACUCGAGAUGGAACGACGGGAGAACUGGAGGGAACGUGGACUGGAAGACAUGAUGGGCGGUGUUCUCGAAGUGCGGCGAGAGGACGAACUAAAGAAGGACAUCCCUAUGCCAGCGUUUGUUAGAGCGGGCAAACAGGAGCACGAAAUGACUCCGGAUGAGAAGCGAAUUUACAAAAAUUACCUCCAAGCAUGCAAAGAACUAGAGGCGGAGCGCGAAAAAUAUCGCAAAUAUUUAGAGAGCGACCUGAAGAAGAAUGAGGCAUUUAUUAACGAGGCAAAACGGGCCACCAACGAAACCAUAAUCGAGCUUUUCAAUACCUACCUCCAGUUUGAAAUUGGUCUCCACAUGGAGGAUCUGAAGGUCUGGAAGAUGCGGGCUUCGAUUUUACAGGCUAGGGAGCUACAAGAAGAGGCCAAACUUUAUAAUGCGAAAAAAGUUAAUAUUGAGGAAAGAAUAACAAUGCUCGGUGAAUUCAUUAAGCAGACGAAGGAGUUGGUUGAAAAGGUCCAAGAGGAAGUUGAACUGAUUGCUGCAGAGGACCGUUUAAUGGCAAAGAGUUUUCGCAAGGACUUCCACGAUGUUCACGGAGCCGCCUAUGAUAUUAUACUCAAGGCCUUCAAAAGGCGACCCAAGCGAGUUACGGCGGGGGCCAAGGCGGAGACUGAGGACGACCGACCCCAUCAAACAAUGCUUGGUCAAAAGGACGAGCGGUCCCAUCGCCAAACGAUGUUUGGUCAAAGGGAUGAGCGGCUCCGUCGCCAAACGCUGAUUGGUCAAAAGGAUGAGCGGCUCCGUCGCCAAACGCUGAUUGGUCAAAGGGAUGAGCGGUCCCAUCGCCAAACGAUGUUCGGUCAAAGGGAUGAGCGACUCCGUCGCCAAACGAUGACUGGUCAAAAGGACGAGAGGCUCCGUCGUCAAACGAUGAUUGGUCAAAAGGAUGGUCUCGCGUUGGACAGCAACAAUCCCCCAAUGGGAGCCAUGGCCCAAUCUCGCGCCAUCGAGGCGGAGUGGGAAGCACUUCAUCGUGGCCUCGCAGAAUUCGACGAGAUCAACAAGAUGGCCGAAUUCGGCAUUGAUCCAGCCAUCUGGGAACGCCUGUACAAGGCACGACUCAAGAAAGCCGAUAAAGAGAUGGAACUGAAAGUUGCUACUUUGCGCCUAAACGACUCAUAUGCCUUCCUUCAACGACGCGAGAAAGAGUUGGCUGACGCAACUCAAGAGCUGCAUGAUGUUGAGACGGGCAUCAUCGACCUGAAGGCAUGCAUCUACCGGACAAUGACGAAUGUGGACGUCAGCAUCGUCAUGCAGCAGGGCCAAGUAGAGAUUGAGCUGGAACCAGGCUGCCUGGUGGAGGAUUACAACAAAUGCAUGCUCAUCAAUCGCAGGCAGAUCGAGGGUCUCAAUACCCAAGUUAUCCAACUUAGUAACGAAAAAAUCAAACACAUGGAGCUCAUUAAAUUGUACAAGCGGCAUUUUAAGACGCUCGAGUGGGAUUUGCGUGAGAUGCUGAUGCGUUAUGAGGACUUUGUGAACCGUCAGAAGCAAAUCACAAAUUUCACCAUCACUCGAGAAAUACAACGGUACCUCCAAAACGACGAUUACGACGGUUUGGUAGCCGCUGAAGUCACCGAUUCAGAGCGCACCUAUGCUCAAUUAAAGGCGAAUCACGAAAAACACAUGGAAGCGGUUGAGAAGCGAGUAAAAUACUACGAAGAAAAGCAGGUUGGAAAAAUUGUCAAGCAGAACGAAAAUCUUUUACGCGAGCUUGAAAAACUGAACAUCGGUGUUUGGGAGGCAAGGCACAUUUACGAACAGACUCCUCACGCAGCAAGCGAUGUGCUACAGGCAGAGGCCUGCUACAAAUCUUUGCUACGGAAGACGAACUUGGAAAAACUCACGCAGUACCAAACUCGCGAAAUAAAAUCUCUACGCGACGAAGUGAAACAACUUUACACGAAGAAUUUUCCAACGAUCUCCGAUUAA